AGGCUGCUUGUGGAAUUACCAAGAAUCCAAAGGAUCCAAUAGCUAACAUUGAUGCAGCAGAUGUGGACAAUGAAUUGGCAGCAGUGGAGUAUGUUGAGGAUAUCUACAAGUUCUACAAGCUUGCAGAGGAUGAUGCUCGAGUUCGUGAUUAUAUGGAUUCGCAGCCAGAAAUCAAUUCUAAAAUGAGAGAGAUCCUUGUAGACUGGUUGGUUGAAGUUCAUGAGAAAUUUAAAAUGAUGCGUGAAAGUCUGUACCUCACGGUCAAUGUAGUUGACCGUUUUCUUUCAAUGAGGACUAUUUCAAGAAGGGAACUUCAGUUGGUUGGCAUCAGCUCAAUGUUGAUUGCAUGCAAAUACGAAGAGAUACGGGCACCUAAGGUGAGUGAUUUCAUAGCUAUAUCAGACAAUGCUUAUAUCAGAGAGCAAGUUCUUCUCAUGGAGAAAGCAAUUCUGGGGAAAUUGGAAUGGUAUUUGACGGUUCCAACUGCAUACGUCUUUCUGGUUCGAUAUGCGAAAGCAUCUGUCCCGGCUGAUCAGGAGAUGGAGAGCAUGGCAUUUUUCUUUGCUGAACUUGGUUUGAUGAACUACUCAACCAUCAUCCAGUAUUGCCCAUCAAAGCUUGCUGCAGCUGCAGUCUAUGCAGCCCGAUGCACUCUUAACAAAACUCCCCUUUGGAAUGAAACUCUUAACCACCAUACAGGCUACAGCGAAGAUCAGCUGAUGGAGUGUGCAAAAUUCUUGGUCCAAUUCCACUCUGGGGCAGCAGAAAAUAAGCUCAAGGCAGUUUUGCAAAAAUAUUCAAAUCCUGAUAGGGCUGCUGUUGCUCUUUUUCCACCAGCAAGAAAUUUAAUUCCAGCUUGAGCGGGCCCAUGAAUCUUGGCGAUCAUUUGUUUUCAGAUCAAUUUACUGUCAUGAUCUCUCUCUGAGGUCACUAUGUUUUAUCAGUUAGUAGGAAUUGUUCAUGAUUUGGUGUGUCAUCUUUCUUUUCAUCUCUUUGCUGUCUCUUUCCAAUUCAAGUGCAGUGCUACAAUUUCUAAGCAGGGAGUUAAUUUUAGUGGCUUCUUUCAUGCGAAACAAGCAACAACAAUUCCGAUCAUGAUAA